CAUCUUUCAAACAUCCUGUUACUUUCACUUUUGCAAAAAUUCAAACAUGUACAUGAAUUUCUGCCCAUUUCUGAUAUAUGUUUUGUCACUGUUGUCAUCAGUGUCAUGUGCAAGGCAUUGUCCUAGAGAUAGAUCUAGAACUGUUCGCAAGCUGCUAAAGGAAGUUGUUUAUCCACUGUUUCAACAAGCCAAGACCAGUAUACCUGACACCUGUCUGUUUUCCCCAGAGAGAGAUAAAUAUGUAUUACAGGAAGAGAACAAAGUUUCUGAAGGAAUCUCCAAGUGGUAUUGUGACUACUGCGGAAAGGGCUUCUAUGCUGAAGAUUACUUAGAUCAGCAUUUUGACAGAAGACAUCCAGAAUUUGUCAGAGAGGACAAGUCUGCAGUCUGCUUUGCUGACUACUGUGACAUCAUGAGAUGUGACAUCUUGGAUGGCAGGAGGAGGAAGGAAUUCUGGGAUGUUUCUUUAUGUCUCGAGAGCGAUAUGAAAGAAUUAAUGGAAGAUUGUGAGAAACUGAUGAGUGCUUGUGUACCUGACGGAUUAAGUAAAAAUGCUACAGAAUUCUUGAUAACUCAUAUGACUCAAAAUGUCUGCUCCUUCCUCACUUGUAAGAAGUACUGGGAUUCAGCUGUAGAGGAGGAAAAUGAUGGCAUUAUAUUUUACUCCAUUCUGACUGUGUUUCUCAUCAUAAUGCUCACCAUUUACUACUGUGUCGCUUAUCAUUAUUUUUAUACGGACACAUUCACAGAUUCCUAUUACGAGACUUACUACGAAAGGCAUCAUCCUUUAACCAAUGUUCAAACUCCUAGAGAAGAUAACUCUGGAACAAGACGCAGGAUAUUAGAAGAAGAUUUUAAUGUUCACAAUAUCAGCUGACGAAUGUUUAUUUAAGGCAUUUUAUUCAUGAUCAAAGUUUUAGACACUAAGUUUGGAUGAAGUGUGUGUUUGAAAUUAUAGAUUUUUUGUUUGGAAAAAUGUACCACGAGCACAUUUAAAAAGAGAUGCAAGGGAGAACAGCUAGCAUCCAUUCCAGCUGUCAGUUUGUAGAAAGGUUACCAAUCUUUUUCUAAAAGUAUAGGUAAUUCUUAAAAUGUCCAGUCAGUGUAACAACACCUUUGCAAUAUUGUACUUGCAUUGAUAUACAUAUGUACAUGGAUACAUGUAUUUGUAAAUUUUCAAAAUGCAAUCAUUAAUAAAUUUAACAUUAUUUCCUGUAUUAACAACA